UUCGUCAACAAAUGUACCCGAAGCUGCUCAUCGGGCACCAAAACUUUCUGCCCAUAUCCCCUUCUCCACUUGCAUUCGCCCCUUCCGCAAAACCUCCUCUAAUCUUGCGCCAUUGUCACUCAGUAAAGCUCAGACCACGAAUUAGAUGCACGGAUAGCAGUAACAAUGGCAAUGGGGCCGCUAAAAACUGGGAAAAAUGGAUGCCCAGAAAUCUUUUUGCUGCGGAGAAAGUAUUUGGAGCAAUAUCUGGGGCAACUUCAAGUCCCAUUGCGCAGUACAUAUCUAAUCCUGUCACUUUUCUGCACCGUGUUGACCCAAGAAUCAAGAUGGUAUGGCUGCUAGCACUGGUGAUUUUACCAGCAGGAUCCAAUAUGAAGAUGCGUGUGGCAGUAGUAGCUUAUCUAACCUUACUGUCCAUAUGGGUCCAGCCUACUGCUGUGUGGAAGGAUCAAUUGGGAAGGGUGACGUUGAUCUGUGGAAUCUUGUUUGUUUUAUUGGGGUUGAGUACUGAUAGUGCCCCUUCUCUUUUACGUUCGAGAAGCCCACCAUCUUCACUCACUGGACUACCUGCUCCUCCUACAUCCUUUGAAGGUUAUAAAUAUGUCAUUGUGAAAUUCGGGCCAUUACAGCUCACUCAGUUAGGCUUGUCAGCAGCUACUACGGCAGCGUGUUUAACAUUCACUAUCUUUCAAAGUGCCAGCCUUUGCUUAACAACGACAACGCCAGAGCAGCUUGCAUUUGCUUUGCAAUGGUUUAUUCUGCCGUUGGCUAGUGUUGGUGUGCCAGUGGCUGAACUCAUCCUCACACUCCUACUGUCUAUAAGAUUUAUUAAUCUCGUGCUUGAUGAGGUCCGCAAUGUGGCACUAGGAAUUGUAUCUCGUAGAAUAAAAUGGCAACAGUUGACGUCACUGGAAACAAUUGAUGUUUUCUUUACCUAUAUUAGACGGAUUUUCAGCAAUAUCUACAGCCAUGCAGCACAAAUUAGCCAGGCGAUGAUUGUGAGAGGCUUUCGAGGAGAUUGUGAUUCCCACCGAGUUUUUCUGUCUGCAGGCUCGUCUGAUAAAAUUGCGAAUAUAGUUGCUAGCUCUUGCCUUGUUGGCCUCAUUUUUGCUGCCACCCUGCCUAAUUACUUGCACAGUUGAUAUCUUGUACUACUCAAACAACUGCCUUGAAACUAUUGUAGUCUAUAUAAUGAGUUCUGAACUUCCCGUGCACAAAAAACGAAGAUUAGAAUUCUAAUGGUUUGGUCUUUUGUUGGUUAUAGGGAAGACAGUAGGUCCGACGGUCCCAAUCGGGUCAUUGUAUUUUUCUUUAUGGAAAAAAAAAAAUAUUUUAAUUGGUGGAUGACAAAUUUAUAUUGUUCUUUUUCUUGAAAUAAGAGAAAAUUUUGCUUUUGAUUGACUCGCUAGGGCCAGUGGAUCCUUGGAGCCCCUGUCUACUAGGGCCUCGUUUACUUGGAGAGAUGGGGUCUCAUGAAUCAGUUUUACUAAAUUUGUAAUUAUUUGAACAUUCAAGGGUAUAAACAUU